UUUUUUGUGGUCAAAAAGGGAACUCGCACAAUACCUUUGAAUCUAUCAUUCUAUCCUUUUCUUUGAGCUAGUAUUCUCUCAGUCUUGCUUGCUUGCUUCUGAUCGAGUUACUGCUGAUCGGGACAAAUUAAGCAAUACCUGUUCAUUUAUCGAUCAACUACUGCUGCUUCGUGAAUCGUGAUUCGCAUGUUUGAAGACUGAACCGCAACUUCAAAUUCACCCCAAACUCAGUAGGACACUAGGUUCAAUUGGAAAUGAGCAUACAAAGUUCUUCACCUCGGUGGCAAUAUGAUGUCUUUUUGAGUUUUAGAGGCAAGGACACUCGAAGGGGUUUUACAGACUAUUUAUACACUGCAUUGGAUCAUCAAAAAAUAAAAACUUUCAGGGAUGAUCCUGAUCUUGAAAAAGGGGAAGCUAUUUCUCCAGCACUUUUUGCUGCAGUUAAACAAUCAAGAUUUGCCCUCAUUGUUCUCUCACAAAAUUAUGCAUCGUCAACAUGGUGCUUGGAUGAACUUGUAAGAAUUCUUGAAUGCAUGAAAGCAAGAGAAACGGUGCUGCCAAUUUUCUAUGAUGUUGAUCCCUCUGAUGUACGAAAGCAAACAGGGAGUUUUAGAGAAGCCUUCGCUAAUCAUGAAGAAAGGUUUAGGGAUGAGAAUGAGAAAGUGCGAAGGUGGAGAUAUGCUUUGACAGAAGUGGCAAGUUUCUCUGGGUGGAAUUCCAAGGAAUGGAGGUAUGAAUCAGAGCUCAUCAGAGAUAUUGUUCAAGUUAUAUGGAGAAAAUUGCAAGCUACAUCAUUCAGUUAUGCAAGAAAUCUAGUUGGAAUUUACUCAACAGAACUGCAGCCACUCAAUUUGCUUUUAGGUGUAGGGGUGGAUGACGUUCGCUUCAUUGGGAUAUGGGGAAUGGGCGGGAUUGGUAAGACAACUAUGGUAAGAGCGGUGUUUGAGAGAAUCUCUCGUGAAUUUGAAGUUAGUUUCCUUCUUACUGAUGUUAGAGAAUCAGUUGAAAAAAGAGGUCUACUUAAUCUACAAAAGCAACUUCUCUCUGGGAUUUGGACAGAAGAGGCUGACAUAUCAGACCUUCAUGAAGGAGCCACCAUAAUAAGGAGGUUGUUAGGUCACACAAAAGUUCUUCUCAUUCUUGAUGAUGUGAACCAUUCAAGCCAUUUAAAAUUUUUGGCAGGAAACCAAGAGUGGUUUGGUUCAGGGAGUAGAGUUCUUAUCACAACUAGAUAUGAGCAUUUGUUGAUUGAACAUAGAGUGGAGAGAAGAUUGAAGAUCAAAGAAUUCAAUGAUGAGGAUUCUCUUCAGCUUUUCAGCUUGAAAGCAUUCAAAGGAGGUUACCCUGAAAAAGAUUUUCUUGGGUUGUCUAAAUCUGUUAUAAAUUAUGCCAAAGGUCUCCCUUUAGCUCUUGAAGUACUGGGUUCUUUAUUGCGUGGAAGAGAUCUAAGUGGAUGGAACAGUGCAUUAAGAAAACUAGGAAGAAAUUGCAACUUGGAAAUUUUUUGCAUACUUAAAACAAGUUUUGAUGAUCUAGAUGAUGAAGAGAAGAAAAUAUUCCUAGACAUUGCAUGUUUCUUUUGCGGAGAGAAAAAAGAUCGGGUAUCAAAAGUAUUGAUCGGUUGUGAUGUUUCUGCAAUUUCUGGAAUAGAUGCUCUCACCGAAAGAUCUCUCUUGACUGUUUCAUAUGGAAGACUACGAAUGCACGAUUUGCUCCAAAAAAUGGGUCAGGAAAUUGUCCGCCGGGAAUCUACUAAUGAGCCAGGCAGGCGCAGCAGGUUAUGGGUUCCUGAAGACGUCAAACAUGUCUUGACCAAAAAUACUGGAACUGAAGCAAUAGAAGGCAUUGUUCUCAACUCAAGUGAACCUGGAGUAAAGGUGGACGUGAAUGCUAAAUCAUUUUCGAUGAUGAACAAAUUGAGAUACCUUAUCAUUAAGAAUGGGAACCUAUCAAAUGGGCUUGAAUGUCUUCCUAAUAGUUUACAGAUUCUUGAAUGGACCGGAUAUCCCUUGAAAUCUCUCCCAUCGCAUUUCAACCCUGAGAAGCUACUAGAACUGAACAUGUGCCAUAGUUGCAUUGAACAUUUUCUGUUGGGAAUAAAGCCUUUAUACAGGUUGAAAACCAUUAAACUCAGCAACUCUUUGAAUCUUGUCAACACCCCAAACUUUCAAGGUAUGCCAUAUCUUGAGCUUCUGUUUCUUGAUGGUUGUACAAGAUUGUGUGAGGUUGACCCAGGGAUUGAAGUGCUUGAAAAACUUACUUUACUGAACUUGAAAGAUUGCAAGAAUCUCGUGCAUUUUGCAAGCAGUGUACGUGGCUUAAAAUCUCUCAAAGUUCUUAAUCUUUCUGGUUGCUCAAAGCUUAAGAAACUACCGAAUGACAUGGGUCAUUUAGAAAGUUUGGAGGAGCUUCAUGUGAAUGGCUCUGGCAUAAGAGAACUACCUUCCUCUGUUGGAAUGCUUGAAAGACUUCCUCUGCUGAAAAUGAAAGAUUGCAAAGAUCUCGUGUGUCUUCCAACUAGUAUCGGUGGCUUAAAAUCUCUCAAAGUUAUUAAUAUAUCUGGUUGCUCAAAGCUUGACAAAUUGCCCAAGGAGUUGGGCCAUCUGGAGUGUUUGGUAGAAGUUGAUGCGAGUGGAACUUCUAUACGAGAACUACCUUGCUCUAUGGGCAUGCUUGAAAGACUUGUUUCUUUGUCCUUGAGAGAUUGCAAACAUCUUGUGUGUCUUCCAAGCAGUGCAGGUGGCUUAAAAUCUCUCAAGGAUCUCAAUCUUUCUGGUUGCUCAAAGCUUGAUAAAUUGCCAGAUGAGUUGGGUUUUGUUGCCUGUUUGGAGAAGCUUGAUGCGAGUGGAAGUGGCAUAAGAGAAGUGCCCUUCUCUAUUGGUCUUUUGAAAAACCUCAAAGAAUUAUCUUUUGGUGGUUGUAAAGAACAGUCACGUAAAUCAUGGAAUAUGAUGUUCAACUCCCUUCAGUUUUUGCAAAAAACAAGUUGCAUUCCAGCAGGAUUGUUAUCUGGUUUGCGUUCAGUAACUAAACUGGAUCUAAGUGACUGCAAUCUUUCUGAAGAAUCAAUCCCCAGUGAUUUUGGAUGCUUAGCCUCAUUGAGAAGUUUAAAUUUGAGCAAAAAUCAAUUUGUUACACUCCCCGAGAGCAUUGGCCAACUCUAUAGACUUAAAUAUCUUUACUUGGAUUGGUGCUGCAAGCUUCGGACGUUACCAGAGCUUCCAUCUCAUGUAUGGGUAAACGUAAGCAACUGCUUUUCAUUAGAUACAUUGUCCAAUCCAAUAGGUCAAACCAAUGCGGUGCUAGAAGCAACAUGUGUUAACUGUUUCAGACUGGUGAAGAAUGAAAGAUAUAAGAGUACAGCACUUUCAUUGCUAACACGCUACCUGAAGAUUCAACAUUGUGGUUCUUCCGUACAUUUUAAAGAAGCUAGAUUUCACUUUGUUGCUCCUGGAAAUGAAAUUCCAGAGUGGUACAAUUACCAAAGAGUGGGGUCUUCGAUAACUGUACGGCUGCAUCCAGGUUGGUUUAGUGACAAGUUUAUGGGAUUCGCCUUGUGUGUUGUUUUUAGACUCCUGAAACCACUCCCGCCUUUGGCUGAGUGGUCCAUUAAUCGCUCAUUGAGGGUCAAUGGACAAUUCUUGGAGCCUUUUGGUAUAUUGUUUGGGGGAAAAUGGGGUCAACCUGUGUCAGAUCACAUUUGGUUCUUCUAUGUGCACCGGGAUGAAUACUGUAAACAAGUGUGGCAGGAUAUCUACUAUGAGCUUGUAUUCUCAUUUAAAUCCAUCCAUAAGGUGGAAAAAUUCGGUGAUGAAAUUGUGCAAGUGAAGAAAUGCGGGGUCCGUAUGAUAUAUGAGGGGGAUAUUGAGGAGCUUUGGGAAACAUUAUUUAAGCAGAGCAAUACCAAGCGAGGCCUUCAACACUACUAUGAUGAUGAUGAUGCAGCAUCAAGUUGUACUGGCAAUACCAAGCGAGGCCUUCAACACUACUAUGAUGAUGAUGAUGCAGCCUCUAGUAGUACUGGUACCGGUGCAAGUCAGGAAGAGGAAGAAGAACCUCAUCCAAAAAGAUUUAAACAACUUGAGCUUUACGGAGCAGGACCUGGUGACCAGAAACAUGGUUAAUGCAUUGUUUUUGUUUGUUAAAAUUUCUUGUCUUCGUAUCAACCCCCGAACUAUCCACCGCGUUCGGCCCGAACACAUUCACUACCGGGUGGUCCCGAUCCGAACCCUCCGCCCAAAAACGGCUGAAUCGCUAAGAUUCCGACCACGUUCAGAUCCCGAAACUCGUGCCCGCUCGCUAUGAUCGCCAUGUGGUGUGCUAUGUUCCCGCCGGCGCUGUCCCCGGCCAGAAAGCACUGCCCGAGAUUCGCG